CCCACCCCCCAAACUCAAACCAUGUCGAGGUAGGGUUUUACACGAGGCAACGGCUCCGCAGCAGCUCCAAUCCUCCACUCGAAACACCCUUCUAUUGAAGACUGUGGGUCAGCACGGGGACAACAGGUGGCCGGAGGGAUCGGACUUGGGACGGCAGCGGUGGCGACUCCGGCGGCGGUGGCAACGGCCACUUCUGCGGCAGAACAGCUCACGAUUGAUGCCUCACCAAUAUUGAUUUGCUCCCAGGAUGGAAUGCAAUCUUAAAACGAGAAAUGCUACUUCACUUGAUUUGCAUGGUGCGAUGUCUGAUACAGAAUCAAUAUUGCAAAUGGAAGCCACUUUGGGUGUUGUAUCUACAACACCACAAAAAUCACAGAGUGUACCGUUCAAUGAUUCGUCCUUCACAUUGGAAAGUGAGAAUAUCACUUUGGGUAUGGCGUACACAACACCACAAAAAUCAUGGAGUGCACCUUUCUGUGGAUCAUCUUACACACCGGAACGUGAUGACUCCUUAAAGCCAGCAGUUGGCAUGACAUUUGAGGACAUAGACUCAGCCAAAGAGUUCUAUAAAACCUAUGCUGCACAUGUUGGGUUUCCAGUACGUGUGGGUCAGCACAAGGCAAAGAAUGGUUUGGUGACAAAUAAGCGUUUCUACUGCUCAAGAGAGGGGUUCCGUAAGGCUAAAGAUGAGACACAAUCUGAACCUGAAUUCAAUGGGAAAAGAAAAUGUGAAAGGAAAAUUACUCGUUGUGGAUGUCUAGCAAUGAUUGCUCUCAAGCGGACAAAGAAAAGUAAAUACAUCAUAACCACUUUUGUGGAAGAGCAUACACAUGCACUUGUCUCUCCUGAUAAGCAGCAUCUCAUAAGAUCAAAUAGAGAAGUUGGUGAGAAGGUAAAGAUUACAUUGUUCAAUUUUCAUAGGGCUAGUAUUGGCACUUCAGAUGCAUAUCGUUUCCUUCGUGUCGGCCUUGGCAGUUUUGAGAAUGUUGGGUGCACAUUAAAGGACCUACAAAAUUAUCAUGGGAAGUUAAGGUGCUUGAUAAAGUCAUCGGAUGCUCAAAUGUUUGUUGACCAACUGAGCAGAAAGACGCUUGCAAAUCCAGCAUUUUAUUUUGAUUAUGUCAUCGACGAGAAGGGAAGGUUAGUCCAUGUAUUUUGGGCAGAUGCCACUUAUAGGAAAAAUUAUGCUCAUUUCGGGGAUCUAGUAUCUUUUGACUCUACAUACAGUACGAAUGAGUAUAAUAUGAUAUUCACACCCUUCACUGGAAUCAAGCAUCACAAGGCAAAUGUGUUGUUUGGGGCUGCACUGCUAUCAAAUGAGAAGAUAGAUUCCUACACAUGGUUGUUCAAGACAUUCUUGAAUGCAAUGGGUGGUAUCGAACUGUAACAUCCCAAAAAAAUUAACCAAAUUAAA